UUCAGUCUAUUAUAUAGUCUACGACAGUGUAUACGCUACUCAAUGAUUAAUUGUGCUCUGUGAUACGAAUAACGUUUCGGACAUUGUUUAUCGUACUUUUUUAUUAUAUCAAUAACAUUUGUUAUUGAAAAAUCAAUAUAUUUUUUAUUAUAUUUUGUAUUCUUUAUACAUAGUGUGCAUGUUUUGUAAAGUGGUGUGAUUUUUUGUAAAUUGGUGUAAGUGAUUUACAAUUUUUUACAAUGGCACCACAAAAAAAAAUUCCUAAAACAACAACUUCAGUUAAGAAGAGAAUGCAACUGAGGCGAUUUAAAAGAAGAAAUUGGACCUGUAUCUCGGCAUAGAACGCCUCUUGUCAAUAAUAUUUCUAAACAACGGAAGACUGCUGACAAUGGAGCGCCUGAAGUCAAGACUCAGAAUAAAAGACCGCAGCAGAAUACUGAAAAGAAAGACAAAAAGACGGCCAAAAAACGUAAAAUAAAUGACAACAAAAUAAAAGAGCCAGCAGUCCCAAAGUCAUCAAAAUCAAUUGUUGAUUCAGAUAAUGGUAAUAACGUUCCCCCUGUAAUAAAUGAAUCGACAACUCCAAAACAAGCAGAGACGGAAACUACCAAGACUCAAAAUGAAGAGUCGAUGAAAGAAGUCAGUAAUGGUAGUAACGUUUCAACUGAAACGACAACUCCGGAACAUCCAGAGACGGAAACUGCCAAGACUCAUAAUCAGAGAUCGUUGAAGAAAAUCAAUAAUCGUGGUAACGUGCCACCUGUUCCGAAGAUAUCGACAAUCCGCAAACAACCAGCGACGGAAACUGCCAAGACUCAUAAUCAGAGAUCGUUGAAGAAAAUCAAUAAUCGUGGUAACGUGCCACCUGUUCCCAAGAUAUCGACAAUCCGCAAACAACCAGCGACAGAAACUAGCAAGACUCAAAAUCCAGAGUUGAUGAAUGAAAUCAGCAAUGGUAGUAACGUUUCAACUGAAACGACAAAUCCGGAACAUCCAGAAACGGAAACUGGAAAUAUUUCAAAUAGAGAAGAGCAGAUUUCAGAAGAUGAGACAUCAGAUGACAGUAUUGAUGAGAAUAAAAAAAGAGAAGAGGAGAAAUCGUUGUUUAAAAAGAAAAAAAACAAAAACAACAUAUAUUUGCGUAUGAAAAAACUUGAGGAGAGAAUUCGUCAAUUGAUGCCGAAUGAAGAAAGUAAACACAACGGCGAAGGCUCAGAAAAUGAUAAAGAAGUUCGUUAUAUUUCAAAAGGGGAAGAGCGUCUACCUCAAUUUACAAAAUAUAGAAGUCGCGAAUAUUAUCCCCCUUCGACUCAUGCAAUGGGUUAUCGAACCCGCCCGUAUCAACACCAAAACUAUUCUUACCGUCAACCAGGCCCCAGACAAUUUAAUAAUAAUCAAGGUAUUUGGCGAACAACUCGAUAUCAAAAUCCUAAUGAUCAGCAACCUUUUCAGACCAAUCCCAUACCCAGGAACAAUAACAACCAGCAAUUUAACAACAAUUAUCGAAAUUAUCAAUAUAACCGACCUUACGGUCGACAUGAAUAUUUACCUGAUUGGCGGUCCAGUAACUACAAUAACAGUUACCCACAAGAUAGCAACUUAAGACAGAACUAUCGACAUUUUUAGUAAAGAUAUGAAAACCAACCGUUAAUUUAUUUUUUUUUCCAAGUUUUUAUUAUUUUUCAUCAAUUCAGCUACGUUUUUUUUUCAUAAAUAAAAUAU